CGCAGAAAAUAUUUCUCACAAUUUGGAAUAUACGCUGUGUUAUCACUGAAAUUUUUAUUCGAAUUAUAUUAGAACUCGGACAUAACUAAUUAUGUCAGACAACGAAAACAAAAAGUUGUCUGAAUUACGGGUCGUCGAUUUAAAAGCCGAAUUAGAGAAGAGAAAUUUGGACAAAAAUGGCGUCAAACAAGUUUUGAUGGAUAGAUUAUCAAAGGCGCUAGUUGAUGAAGGCUUGAAUCCAGAGACCUACCUCUUCGAAACCUGCCUAGCGAGUCCCGAGAAGAAGCGCUCCUCUAUACGUUUGUCCACAGAAAGCGGCGAGGAGCUGGAGAAACAGGAAGAAAAGGCAACUCCUGCGAUGAAAGAAACCGUGGUGAAUAAUGGAACUGCUAACGCUGACAGUACUCCGACUAAAACUCCUGCAAAAGACAGUUCGAGUACCAAGAAAGCAGCCGAAGAAGGAACUGACGGGCACGAAUCUCCCAUUCGUCUUACUUUAGAAGAUGAUGAAGCUAUUAAUGAAAUUGAGAAAGAGACUUCUGAAAAACCUAAGGAAAACGAAGAGAAACUUAAAGAUACGAAGACAGAUACGAGUGAUCCUACAGUACCAGAGAAUGUGGACAAAACAGCAGUAUCCAAUGAAGAAACAGGGAAAACUGGAGGAGACAAUUCUAGCCCCAAUUCGGGAGAUAAUAAAUUGCAGAAGAAAAUCGGCGUCAAGUCUAACCCUAACGUUGUUUGGAUCAGCAACGUGGCGCAAAACACCCGUGCCAGCGAGCUGAAGGCCGCCCUCUCCGCCUGCGGGAAAGUCACCGGGGCCAAGAUCGUCGUCAACGCCCGGUUCCCCGGCUCCUGCUGCUUCGGCUACGUGACGAUGAGUUCCGUCGAAGACGUCGAAAACGUCAUCGCGAAGCUCAACAACACCGAACUGAAGGGCCAGAUAAUCAAAAUCGAGAAGUUCGAUCUAGUCAGAGCGGAGCAAAUGAAGCAGCUGAGGGACCAGCAGAGCAAGCAGUCGAGCCAAAAGGACGGCAAGACGCCGCGAAAGCGCUCCAUCUCCAAAAGCACCGAUGAAAAGAAGGAGGAAUCGUCCGAUGGCAAAAACGGGAAUGCCGAUAAGGAUAAAGAAGGCGACGAUAAAGAUGGUAAAGCCGAUAAAAAAGACGAUCUCAAAGGGGGCGAUAUGAAGAAUAAAGAGCGCAGCGAUCGAACUAGGUCCAAGGAAAGGAGGAAAUCGAGGGAAAAGCAUGGAAAUCGACAGCACUCGAGAGGCCACCACGACCGAGAAAUUCUUACCUUCGAUAAAAUUCGGGAGGAGCGCGAGCGCCAGAGGAUACGCGACAAGGAGAGGCUGCUGCGCGAAGAGAUCCGGCGGCGGCACGAGGAGGCGUCGCGGCAGCGCGACGUGGAGAAGCGCCAGCGCAAGGAGGCGCACCGGCUGGAGCGCGAAAAGGAGAAGUUGCGCAUGGAGCGUGAGAAGAUCGAGCGCGAGAAGGUGGAGCUGGUGCGCAUGGAGCGCGAACGGCAGCGGCUCGAACGGGAGAAGAUCGCCUUGGAGAAGAUGGAGUUGGAGAGAACGUUGCUGCGAUUGGACGAGGAGAGGCGGGCCGCCAAGCGGCCGGCGCCUUACAGAAGGGACGAGUUCGAGGAUAGGAAAAGGUCCGCCACCGAAAGGCACUUUAACGAACCGCCGCCGCCGCCGAGUUUAAAACCCAGGGAAGCUAGUCCUAAGAAGUUUUCGACUUCCAAAGAUUCGUAUAACAAGCAAAGGUACGAGUCGAAACGUGAUAUGACCUACCCCGAGAAAAGAGGGCGCGAUUACGACAUGAGCCGUCAUUCGCCUAUCAGCAGGUCCAAUCCGGGACCUUCGCCUAGCAGUGGCAAGUACGAGUCGAGACCUUACGAUAGCAGGGAAUCGAGGGGCGGGAGAGAUUUGCCGGCGAGACCGAAAGACAUCAGGUACGAUGAUAGAGAGCGAGGCCGAGAUAGAAGUCCGCAUUUCAGGUCGGGAAGGGACGAUAGGAGACCGAUAAACGAUAAGCCCGACAUCGGUAUGAGUUCAAGAGGUCCGAGAAGCUUCGAUAGUAGACCGAUAAGUAGUAGUUGGUCCAGUCCAAUGCAGAAACCCUUUGGGGCCAAUCCGACACCAAAGUUGUUUGAAAAAGAACCGUGGCGUAAUCCAGGGUCCGAGAGAUGGCCUCCACAACCAUCUUCGACGAGGCCGUUUUCCAGUAACGCCAAUUUAGGACCAGUAUGCCCUCCUCCUCCCGGAAUUAACAGUUAUCCAGACGGAAGAUUUAAUUCAGGAAUUAGAAAGUAUUAGGCUAUUUUUUGUUUAAAAUAGACUAAAUAUAAAACUUAGUUUAUUUCGUUGUUUUUUAUUUAGUCUGUAUUCUGAAGGACAAUUUUUUACUUUCUUUAUUUGUAAACUAAUUAGGUAACUUCAAUUUUUGCUCGUUACAGCUAUGUAAUUACAUUUUCUAUAUUAAAUCACUUUAAUUAAUUUUCUUACUUUACUAUUUGUAAUUCUCAUUCAUCACUUAG